UUCAUUUUUAUCCUGGGCACACAACACAGUGUGGUAAAAUACUUCCUCACAGAGGUCUGUAGUGGAAGAUGAAGGAAAUUGUAGAGCACAGUUUCAAAGGGGAAAAAAAAGUUAGCUGCCUUUCUAGGGGAGUUCUGAAUAAAAUAUGUAGCACUGCAUAUGAGGAUGUAAGCCCAGAACUUCAAAGGAGUGUACACAUUAUGAGAAAUAUUUUAUAUAUUUUUUGUGGAUAUGGGCUUUAAACUCCUUUAGGAGGUGGGGGAGAUGGAGAGCAAAUGGCAUAAUUUCUACAUGAAUUGUGAUGCAUUAGUAAAUAUCCGUACAUGGAUUAGAAUUAUUUUUUCCAAGGCUGUUUUUCUCCUGUAAACCCCAGUCUCUGAGGAACAUACUGGCCUGCAGGAAUCUCAUUGAGCUCAGUAGAGUAGAAUUUCAUUUUCCAAGAACUUCCCCAUGGAACAAAAGACUCUCUGUUAAAGUGCGUCCCACGUGUUGCAGUUGUAUGUGCACAAACCCCCAGCACAGCCACAGAGAGCUGUACCCCUUCACAGCAGCAACACAGCAACCAGCAGCAGCAGCUUCAUUUUCUCCACCCUGCAGCCUUGUCCAUAAAGCCAGAUUCAAACUGGAACAUGGAAUGUUGGAUUAGAGGCAAGCUGGACCUGUUAGUUUGUAACCUGCGGGUUUUGAGCUUGUACUUGAGAGAGGACUUGAAGGUUAAUCUUUUAUAUGCUGGCUCAGAGCUGUCUCUGGGAAAUGUGUCCACGAGCUCUCUCCAGGGGACUGUGAGGGUUGCUCAGUGUGACUGCACUAAGGAUGACACAUGUGAGUGUCUUGUGCCCUCUCUGAGGCUCAACCACACCUACAUCAUGUGGCUGAAGAUGCUGGUUGGUGUGACACCUCUGUGGUCACCUUUGAUGUCAGUCAAGCCCAUUGACAUAGUAAAGCCUGAACCUCCUUUGAACCUGCAUCUGGAAAUGACAGAGGGAGGUCAGGUGAAGAUGUGCUGGUCUGAGCCUGCGCUGCUGCCAUACCCUCUGCAGUACCAAGUGAGGAUCUCUGCAAAGCCAGGGCACAGCACUUGGCAGAUGGUUCAAGUUGCUCUGGAAGCCUCACUGGCCAUUGACAAUACCCUACUUGAUUCCUCUUACUUGGUUCAAGUGAGGUGCAGGAAUCACCAGGGUCUGGGGUUCUGGAGUGACUGGAGCACACCAUAUGAUCUCAGUUUGGGAGCUGAAGUCCUGUACUUCCCUCCUCAGAUCCUGACCAGUGCUGGUUCUAAUGUUUCAUUUCACUGCAUCUAUAAAAACAAAAGCAAGAUUGUAGAGCCCCAGGAGGUUGUUUGGUGGCUGAAUUUAGCAGAAGAAAUCCCAGCCAGUCUUUAUACCCUUGUGAGCGAUCGCGUAAGCAAAGUUACUCUUUUCAACUUGAAAGCAACCAAACCUAGAGGAAGUUUCUUCUAUGACACAUUGUACUGUUGUCACCAAAGUAGGGAAUGUCAUCCUAGAUACGCUGAAUUAUAUGUAGUAGAUAUGAAUAUUAAUAUUACCUGUGAAACAGAUGGAUACUUGACUAAAAUGACUUGCAGUUGGUCUGCAAACCUGAACACGUUGCUCCCUGGGAGUUCCUUGCAGUUAAGAUACUACAGGAGCCAAAUUUAUUGUUCUGACUUUCCAAGCCCAUCUCCAGAAUCAGAGGUGAAAGAAUGCCAUUUGCAGAAGAAUCAUUCCUACGAGUGCACAUUUCAGCCUAUUUUCCUUUUAUCUGGAUAUACUCUGUGGAUAGAGUUCAAGCACUUCCUAGGAACACUUGAAUCCUCCCCAGUCUGUGUUAUUCCAGCAGAUGUGGUGAAGCCGCUUCCCCCUUCCAAUAUCAGAGCAGAACUCACCAGGAAUGUGGGGCUGCUGAACGUGAGCUGGACAAACCCUGUGUUUACAAACAGUGAUCUGAAAUUCCAGAUCCGGUAUGCAGUGAACAGGGAAGAGAUUCCAUGGGAGGUCUGUGAAGUCUCAAACACCCCAGGCAGCUCAGCUGUGAUAGAAGUUGAGCAACUCUGUGUGGAGUACGUUGUCCAGAUGCGGUGCAGGGAGCUGGAUGGAUCCGGGUACUGGAGCGACUGGAGCAGACCAGCCCAAACACUUGUACAGGACAUCAGAGCUCCCUUGCAAGGCCCUGAAUUUUGGAGAAUCGUUACCGAAGAUCCAGCGAGGAGGCAGAAGAACGUUACGCUCGUGUGGAAGCCACUGAUGAAGAACCACUCGUUGUGCAGCGUGAGCCGAUACAUCAUAAAGCACCAGACACCAGGGAACACCUCCUGGGUGGAAUAUGUUGAUCAUGGCACCACCUGGUCUUUUCCAUGGACGGAGCACACUCACACCAUCACAGUUUUAGCCAUGAAUUCUAUUGGAGUUUCUUCAGUUAAUUUUAAUUUAACUCUCUCACAGCAAAUGAGCACAGUGGAUGCCGUGCGGUCGCUGAGCGCUUACCCCGUGAACAGCACCUGUGUCAUUGUGGUCUGGACUCUCUCACCCCAAAUCUAUAUGAUAACAUCCUUUGUUAUUGAGUGGAAGAACCUUAACAAAGAAGAGGAGACAAAAUGGGUGCGAGUUCCUCCAAAUAUGAGUAAAUAUUACAUUUAUGAUUACUUUAUUCUGAUUGAGAAGUACCAGUUCAGCCUGUACCCUGUGUUUGCUGGAGGAGUUGGCAGAGCCAGAGCAACGGAUCAGUUUAGCAAAGGUGGAUUUGAAAAUGAGAAUAGUGGCAGCCUCUCCGUGGUUCUGCCAAUAGUUAUUUCAACCUCUGUUUUGUUGCUGGGAGUGUUGCUGGUUUCACACCAAAGAAUGAAGAAGCUGCUUUGGGAGGAUGUUCCAAACCCCAAGAAUUGCUCGUGGGCACAAGGAGUUAAUUUUCAGCAGCCUGAAACUUUUGAGCAUCUUUUUACCAAGCACCCUGAAGCCACCUCAUUUGAACCUCUCCUGGAUGCAGAGAUAGUGCUGGAAGACAUCAGUGUCACCAAAGCCUCGGAAAAAGAAGACACACAAGAUUUUUUAGGACUUGCUUCCACAUUUCCAAACCCCCAAGACUCUGAACGUGACUCUGCUUGCUUGAGCAGCCACUUCAACAGCAGCAGCUCCUCCCAGAGCUCCCAGGAGGUGCAGGGCAGUGGAGGAAUCGACCUCAAAUACGCUACUGUCAUUGGCAACUCCCGAUCCGAUGGGCUUUGUGAGCGGAAAAUGAAUCCAAGGAGUUGUUUUGGUCAAUGCUUCUUAGCAGAAGAUUCUGCAGUUUCACGUGCCUUCUCCAGUAGCACUUGGGAGGUGGGAAGUGGGGUGUUUUUGGUGUUCCCUGGCUCACCAGGCAGGCAACCCAGCAAAACCCUGUCCCUUAUCUCUUCAGAGGGAUUUUCAGAGCCUUCCGAUCACGACGAUGCUUUCACGGACAGUCCUGAGCGGAGCCUGUGUUACCUUGGGAUAACACCAUUGGAAAAAAGAGAAAACGGUAUUUUUCUAACAGAAAACUCUGAGAUGCUGUGUCAGUUCCAUACAAAGGAUCUGCUCGCAGACACAGGAGUUCUCCAGCACACGCCGAUGGAUGUCCAUGGGUUUAUCCAAAGUAGCCUCAAGCCCAAAGCCAUGGUGCCAUAUGUGCCACAGUUUGGGAUGGCUGCUGCCAAGGGAAAGGAGGCCACAGAGAAAAACUCUGCUGUCAUCACACCAUAAUUUGAGACUGCUAGUGGUUUUUUAGGUGUUGAUGCAUUUCCCUGUUUUUCCCUCUCCUGACUUCCUCCAGGAGCUCUUCUCUCUUGGAGCUGGGUUCUAUAUUUAAAUGCCAGGAUUUUAGUAGGAAAAAAUUUCAUUCCUUGACCUAAUUUUCAAAUGUGAGACCUUCCUUUAGAGAUCUGAUUGUCCAGGUUACCUCAGGUACCAUGUUACCUAUUGCUGGUGCCUGUUAGAGGUGUUAUGUCUAAGAACUCCAGUGAAGAAUUGGACUUGAAAUCAGAUUGGGUGCUGUAGACAUUGAGGUGAGAGUCUUUGGGAGAUUCCCAAACACUCCUCAAGGCUCAGAAGGAUUCAACACCAUCCACCAAAUGAACCCAGUGCCUUUCUUGUGCAGUCACUGACUGUCCCUUUGUCCUGGUGUGGGUUCCAUCCAGUUCUGUAGCCUUGGGCUUCUCUCCAUUUCUUGUUGUCCAGGUUUUCCCCUGGGGAGAGCACGUGUAUUGGCAGCACAGACCCAUGCACGCAUCUCUCUGUUUAGGAGUGAAGCGUCUCCUCAAACUGCAUUCAAAGAGCUUAUUCUCCUUUUAGGGUUCACCUGGGGACCCCAAGGAUGAGGGAGCAAGGAGUGAUCUAAUAUGUAGACUGAAAUAUUUAUAUGGGAGGUAGUUUUGUUGGGGAAAAGCUUGAAUGUGUCAUUUCACUGGGAAUGACUUGUGACACCAAGUUGAGCUGGAUGUGGUUGGAAGGAAGGGGUCAAGCAGUGAAAGGCUCAGGAAAGCCUCAAGAAGAGGAAGAGAAUAAAAAUUCUUAAGUUUCUAUUAAUUGUGGGUGUUACCUGGAUAAACUGAUGUUUGGAAGUUAAACAUCCACACUUUUGUUGUUGAACGCAAGAUUCCAGUACAAAUGGUACUACCAUAAAACUGACAUCUCUCCCAACCACUUUCCUAAGAUUCUGCAGUAGAAAAGACAGGAAUUUGAUCCAAGGACCCUGUAUUUUUGAUCUCGUGUGAGCUAACCUGUCUGUAUGGACUUGGAGAAGUCAGUUUGCCUCCACAGCCCUACUCCACUCAGUGGGAAAGCUCCAGGUGGGAGGAAAAUCAGGUCUUGCAUUCUGGCUGUAUUUUCUGGGAUAAACAGGUGAAAAAGCCCAUACCUAUUUGCAAGCCAAUCUGUUGUUUGGUUUUUUUACUUCAUAGUUGGUAAGUAUUUUUGUAUAUGUGCCUUUUCAGAGAACUAUUUUGAGGAGCUAAGAAGGAUGAAUUUAUUGUGUAUUCCAAAGCUAAAUCUCUGUAAAACUCAACAGAGGCAAAACCAAAAGGGCAAAACCCAGCGACAAUAGUGAAAACCAAAGCGAGUGUGAAUUUAAAACCAGCUUAACACAAAACCCAACUGCUGGUUUUUUUGGACAAGCUGCUGACCUAGCUCUUGUGGGCUGCUUCGUUUCUGAUGUUGACUGUGAUGCAGAUCUGAUGUUCUGGUUUCAAAAAUAUUGUGUGUGGUAAGGGAUUAAAAGAUGUUUUCUGUUGAGGACCCCAAAACUCGCUUUCACUGUGAUUGGAGGCUGUGGGACAAACCUGCAGGUUCCUGCAGCAUUCCAGGGGUAAAGCUGUGACCAACACCCAGGGGAAUGCUGACUUAGGAUUUAUCUGAGAGAAGGAAUUCCCUCCUGCCGGCAUGGAAACUUGAUGUGGCACAACUCCAGGGUCCUGGGAAUGGGCUCGACUGUUGGAUUCUGCCUCUCCAGGGGGUUUGUCCACCAGAUCCAACAUCCCCUGGAGUGUGAAGAUGUGGGAG